AGGGUUUCACCACCCGCGCGGUGGAAGCUGCGGCUGUGGGACCACAACCGCCGGACAGGCAGCUAGUGAUGCCGACCGAGGGGUUUGAUCUAGAGCAGGGAGUUGUAGUAGGAGUAGCUCGUGCGGUAAUGUGGUGGGUUCCGGGAUCGCGUGUCUACUGCAAGUUGGUGAACUGUAGUAAGGAGAAGGCGGCAGUCGAGGGCAGCCGGGUGAUAGCUCGCAUGAUUGCACUCAAUGUUCGCGACAAGCCGGCUUUCGAUUCGCUGUUUGACAUCGCCCCCUCCGCUGCCGACCAACCCCUGCCUCCCCGUGGACCGCGCGCCCCGAGCCCGUCCCCACCUAAUGGGGCAUCCGUGCCGCGUGUUCGCGUAGAGGACGCCAACCUGGGGACGCUGGGGUCGCUCAAGAAGCAUCAACUCGUCAACGUUCUCGCAGCGUUCAUCGAGGACGGCCUGUUUCCGAUCGACCCGAAACGAGUGCCGGCCUGCAUGAACGGUGAGCUUGAGCUUCCUCUGAUCAACGAGUUUUGCACGCCUUUCGCAGCCAAACAACGGCGUUUUUCUCCGGAAGAACGACGCAUGAUCAGGGCAGAGAUUCAGCAGUUGGUAGACCGAGGAGUGAUCCGUCAAUCCAUGUCUCCUUGGGCUGCCCAGUGCUUGUGCGUCAAGAAGAAGGAUGGUACGCUGCGACUGUGCAUCGACUGGCGUGAACUCAACAAACUCUUGGUCUCCGAUAGUGGGGGUUUGGGUGACAUGCAGACGAUAUUCGACGGGUUGAAGGGCAAGAAGUAUUUCACUCAGCUAGACCUCGCCUCCGGUUUUCACCAGAUGGAAAUUGCCGAGAAAGACCGUUACAAGACGGCCUUUCGAGAUGCGGAUGGAAUGCUUUGGGAAUUUACGCGCGCGGGUUUCGGCCUGACGGUGCUUCCGGCGGCCUUUACUCGUAGAGUGAAAUCGGCUCUGGGGCAUCUAGCAGGCGUGUUUAGCUGGCUUGACGACAUUCUCAUCGCUAGCGACUCAUGGGAAGAACAUCUCGCCACUCUGACGCUCGUUCUGAACCGCCUUCUGGCUGCGGGGCUGUCAGUAAACUUCGCAAAGUGCAUUUUCGGCGCAGCAUCGCAGGAAUUCCUCGGCAUGAUCAUCGACAGCACGGGUCUGUACCCCGCUCCGUCUAAGCUAGAUGCAAUCGCACGCAUGCCUCGCCCACACACCGUGGAAGAGCUGCGCACGUUUUUGGGUCUUACCGGUUACUUGCGUCAGUUUGUACCCAACUACAGUUUGACUGCCGCUCCGCUCACCAACAUCCUGCGCAACAAAGCCUUCGCUUCGAAACGUGCACGCAAGCUUCCUAUCCCGUGGUCCGUAGCUGAGGAAGACGCCUUCCAGUCUUUACGAGAAACGUUGGCUUCCCCGAAGGUCCUUGCUUUCCCUGACCUUGAGCGUCCGUUCGAACUGCACACGGAUGCUAGCACGCUGGGUGUAGGAGCUUCGCUUAUGCAGACAAUCGAUGGUGUCACCAGAGCGGUGGCGUUCGCGAGCCACCGGUUUUCACAAACCGAUGCUAGACGCGGGCCCACGGAACGAGAAUGCAUGGGGGUCCUCUGGGCGGUAGACCACUUCCGGCCGUACCUAGCGGGUAGACGGUUCAAACUAGUCACAGACUGUUCUGCCCUCACAUGGUUGUUCCGGAGCCGUGAACUCUGCCCCAAGCUGCACAGGUGGGCGCUGCGGCUGAUGGAGUACGACAUGGAACUGGAAUGGAAGGCGGGGGUAGAGCACGUAGUGCCCGAUGCUUUGUCCCGGUUGCCUGUGGCGAACCCGGUAGAGGUCGACGUCGACGAUUCGUUUCCGGAUGAUCUGUCGUGUGCUGCAGGCGCUGCGGUACAGCUUUUAGGACCAGAGUUGAAGGGUGUAAGGUUGGCCGAGCUGGACCCUGUGCAGGUAGACCAGCGGCCGGACCCGUACCCCUUCGGUACGAUUACGACCGGCGCAGCUGCCCCCGACAAGUGUGCUGGAGGCCCUCCCGGACAGAGAGGUAAUCGGCCCCUCCGCGGUGCAAGCCUCAACUCCAGCGCCAUCGCCAUCGACACUGCCACCGUCCCCCGUUAGUUCUGGCCACGACGACAUCGGUGAGGUGCUGGCUGCACGGGGGGAGGUUACGACGUCGUCGUCGAGCCACGCGUUGNCGGUUCUUUGUGCUUGGAGCUCAAAGCGGGUGGCUCAUGGCGGAGCGUGGAUGGGUAGAAACGUGUGGAAAACGUAUCGAAAAGGAUUGUAAAAGUAUUGUAUUCAUCGGGGGCGUGCCAGUGCUUGUCAAACCUUCACGGUAUCUGGGCACGCCUUCACUCUUUGUCACUCAACGAAUCUCUCUGAAUCUCCACCAAAUACCUCUCGCAACCAAGGAAUAUAUGUAGAAAUUUCCUAUUCUUCCGCAUCUCAUCACUGUAACUUUCUUACGCACGUACAUAACAUCUCAACCGUCAUACUAUGCUACGAGUACCCCCAAUAUAUCUAAUAGCCCCCCUACUCGUAUGCAUCGUCAUGCUCCGAGAAAAACCAAAUUCCUCUUUACCAUCUCUCCAAAACAAACAAAAACCAAUAUCUUCACCAAAACAAUCCAAAAUCCUCCAAGUCCAUCACAAGAAAAAUCAAACACAAUCAAAACUCCUCCAAAACAAUCAAGAAAAACUAAACACAACAACUCCUCCAACCUUCACCAGACUCUCUCUUUUCUCUUGUCCAAUCUCUCGUCUCUCUCACUCUCUCCAUCACAGAAUACGAAUCGACCCCAA